UAAAAAGGUUUCAGAAAACCCCAAAUAAAUCCACCCUUUCAAUUCUCACAUCUUUCUUUCUCUCUUCGCUGCGAAGCAAAGGAAUAUGCAAAAAAUACCUUUGGGAGUCUCUCUGCUUUGCUUUGCAUCAAACAAAUUUUGCUCUUAAGGUUGAGUGGAAGAGGAUACUGACAAAUCUCUGUAAUGCACUGUGAAGAUCUCGAAGAAGAAGAACACGACGAAGACGAAGAAGAAGCAGAAGCGAUAGAUUGAUUUCUCGUAGAGAAUGGUGGCUGCGGUUCCUCUAGCAGCAAUCUCCACCACCGACCCUUAUAAGAAUCCACCUCGAGAUCGCCAAGAUAAACCUCAACUCUCUUCUAACAAUGGCGGACUACAACGAAGACCUAGACCUGCUAAAAAUGUCCCCUCUCGCUACUUAUCCCCUUCUCCUUCUCGUCCUCAUUCUCAUUCCACACCCACUACUACAUCUUCUUCUUCUUCUUCUUCUGCGGUUGCGGUACUGAGGUCGAGUAAGCGAUAUCCUUCCCCUUUACUCUCUCGCACCACGAAUUCUGCUUCUGAUUUCGUUAAGACGCCUUCCUCGUUGCUCAAACGGUCGCAAUCGGCUGACCGUCGUCCGCCGUCGGCAGUUUCUGACACUGGCACUGAAAUGUCGGCGGCCACGAAGAUGCAUAUCACCUCCACUAGGAGUUUAUCUGUUUCUUUUCAAGGAGAGGCGUUUUCGCUUCCGAUUAGUAAGAAGAAGGAGACUACCGCGCCGGUUUCUCACCGGAAAUCUACUCCGGACCGGCGGAGGUGUACACCUGUUCGAGAUCAGAGGGAGAAUUCGAAGCCGGUUGAUCAGCAGCUGUGGCCAGGCGCUUCUCGGAGGGGAAUUUCAGAACCUGUUGUCCCGAAUUCACUUUCUACAAGUGUGGAUUGUGACAGUGAUGAUGGGAGGAAGCUUGGAUCUGGCUUUGCGGGAAGGUCGACGUUGCAGCAUUCUCAGAGUUCUAGGGUUUCUGUUGAUGGAAGAUUAGAUUUGAGAAGAGGUGAUGAUAUUUUGGAAAUGAGAGAUGAGAGCAAGACAAGACCAAGCACACAUCCGCAAUUGGGUUCUAGUGUCUCGUGUGACUUUACUGCAUCUGAUACUGAUAGUGUUUCAUCUGGUAGCACUAAUGGUGCGCAGGAAUGUGGUUCUGGUGUCCAUGGUGAGGUUUCUAAAACAAGGAGCUUGUCCCGUAAUGCUAUGGGUUCUGCUAAAUUCUGGCAAGAGACUAAUAGCCGGUUAAGGCGGUUGCAGGAUCCUGGCUCACCUCGAUGCUCUAGCCCAAGUUCGAGAAUCAGUAGUAUCUCAUCGAAGUUCAGUCAAUCGAAACGGUUCUCUAGUGAUAGUCCGUUGGCAUCAUCACCUCGUGGUAUGUCUUCUCCAGUAAGGGGUGCCACUCGCCCUGCUUCACCAAGUAAGCUUUGGGCAACAACUACAUCAUCUUCAGCUAGGGCACCUAGUCCUUCUCGCGCGAGAAAUGGAGUUUCCGAACAAAUGAAUGCUUAUAACCGCACCUUGCCUUCAAUUCUUUGUUUCUCUGCUGAUAUUAGGAGGGGGAAAAUUGGGGAAGAUCGCGUUAUGGAUGCCCACUUGUUGAGGCUUCUGUACAACCGUUAUCUACAAUGGCGGUUUGCCAAUGCUAGGGCAGACUCCACUUUCAUGGUACAUAGACUGAGUGCAGAGAAAAACCUAUGGAAUGCAUGGGUAUCAAUUUCGGAACUGCGCCAUUCUGUCACUCUGAAACGGAUCAAGUUGCUCUUGCUGAGGCAGAAACUGAAACUAGCUUUCAUCUUGAAGGAGCAGGUUGGUUAUCUAGAAGAAUGGUCUCUUCUGGAUAGAGAUCAUUCGAAUUCUUUGUUAGGAGCAACUGAAUCCCUGAAAGCGAGCACGCUUCGUCUUCCAAUUAGUGGAAAAGCCUUGGUUGAUAUCCAAGAUCUCAAGCAUGCUGUUAGUUCAGCAGUUGAUGUCAUGCACGCUAUGGUGUCUUCUUUAUUUUCGCUGACACUAAAGGUAGAGGACAUGAACUCGGUAAUGGCAGAAAUGGUGAAUGUCACUGCAAAAGAAAAGGUUUUGGUUGAACAGUGUCAAGGAUUAUUAUCAAAAGUAGCAGCAAUGCAGGUUACGGACUGCAGCAUGAAGACGCACAUAAUACAACUAAGCCGGAUAUAAACCAACCUGACUUCACAACUGUAGAAACUGAUCUCCUCUGAGUUUACACAACAACUCACACCACUUCACAACAUGAAUGAUUUCUGACAACGUUUUACAUUCCCACGGCCUUCCCUCGGAAUCCCAAAACCGCCUUUGUCGUUUUCAACCGGAUGAAGGUAAGGUUCUUGGGAGUAUCUGUUCGCUGCACUCUGGAUUCAACGUUUUUUAAGUUAUAAGUUCCUGCAUUGGAGAUUACAGAAGAGAAAGGUGAAAGAAUAGAAUGUGGUGUUUAGUUUUACCUAUGAAGUUAGCUUAAUUGUAUACAGAAAAAGCUUCUAAAUAGAUCUUUUCCUUAUGAAGAAAAAAAAUGUACAUAAAAAAUGAAGAUAUCAAUCUCUCUAAUUUAAAGUUUGGAUUUCUUGCUGUUUUCUCA